AUGUCCGUCUAAAUGCGGAUUAACACAUUUUUGCAAGAGUUUUGAAACAUCUGCAUAUUGGACAGUGUGUCUGUUUCAGCUACCUGUUGACGUGAAUCUGUACAAUCUGAGAGUUUGCCGAACAAGAACACACAGAAGUUCAUCUGAUCGACUCAGUACAAAUAGUGACACCACCGACAUUUGCAUUUCAGUUCGCAACGAACAGCGUUCAUAAAAGUCACGCACCAUUUAAGCAAAAUAUAUUUAAGUACAUACAUAUAUACAUAUGUAUAUGUACAUACUACAUACAUAUGUAUAGUUUCUUAACCGGGCACCAUUCGCAAACUGAACUACAUUUGAGUACGCAUUAAAUUAUAAUACAACAUAAUCAACAUGGAAGGAGAAGUAAUUGAUGUUGAUCAAUACAUUAACCUUGAAAUACAGCGACAAUGCUUAAAUGCUCGACCUGUUCAAAUGCAGAAUGUAAAAUUGGCGCGCAUGCUAGGGAAGCCCAUCACCAGCAGCUUUAAGGACGCUGUGACUAAACCUCGUGUUCUUGAUGUCAAACUGCUGACCAAGGCACCAACUUCUGACUCAACGGAAGGAAGGCAAUUCCUGCGUUUUGCACCUGCUGUCAAGGACAAGGAUAUCAUGGAAACAAAUAUUCUCAAGGAAGCUAACAAAGCCACUAAUCCUCGCACUAUUGGCGUAAAACUAAUGACAAAAGAAGUAACUUUCAAGGAAGCAAAUGUGCUUCAGGAUUCGUUCCAAAAACAAAACCCUAUAAGAGGGGCAAGACCACAGCCACGUAAUGUAAUGAUCGACAAGGAAGUGGGUAGGAAUGAGGUCGAUAAGCUGCGUAAUCUCAAGGAUCCCGGACAACUGAAGAAGCCCCGCAUCAUUGAUGUGACAUUGGUGGCUAUGGCCCCGCCUUUUGAUAUCAAGGCUGACCGGGAAACAAAUGUGGAGCCAUUACCGCCUGUACAGCACUUCUUCAAGGAACAAGUGGCUAAAAUAGAGCGUAGCCAAAGCCACUACUUGCAACUUUUCAAGCGUGUCAAUUCGAUGUUGGAAACCCUAAAUAAGCGCUAUGAUGGCAGGGAGGCGGACGUAGAGAACGUCGAUGACAUCGAGUACAAAAGUGAUUCCAGCCUCACGGCCAAGCGCAAGUGCCAUAACAUGUCCAGUAGCUCUUUGGACAGGCAGGAUUUUAUAGAGCUUCAUUCGAAUACUGAGAAGGUGGAAGGCGAAUACCCCAAGCGUAUUCGGCAGGCAAAGGGCGACGAAGUGGUUGUGCUUGGUCCGAAUGGCACUCAGAUAACUUCAGCUCAGUUCGAUAGCGUUGAUUGGGCCACUCCACAAGUAGCUACUCGUGGAAUUUUGAUGGCCGUCUUCACCAGUGAUGAGUUAGCAACGCACACAUUGACCGGCAAACCCUCACCUGCUUUUUAUGGCAGGGAACGUCCGGCAAAGAUGCAGUUGGAUCCGUUAAAGGUGGAUGAUAUAAUCACUGCCGUGACCAGUACCAUUGGUGGAAAGGAGCGACACAUAAGAUCCACGAUUACUACCAAAUGCGCUGAUACUGCGAAGAAAUAUAGAAGACGGGCAAAGAAGGCGACAAGGAACACAGUUAUCGUCCUGGACAAUUGAUAACUACAUAGUCGAAUGUUAGAUUAAAUCUAAAAUUCGCGAUCUUUUUAAGGAUAUUUCAUAAUUCCUAUAGAUUACACGGGCAACUGGGCUAAAAAUAUGAUAUGUCCUUGUUUUAAAUGCAUUUAAUAAAUAAA